AUGUCAUUUGAUAAUAGACGAAGGUUGCUGGCAUUUGAGUUAUCUGAUUAUUUCUAUAAUUACGGUGAUGAAAGAUUUAUUUCUAGUGAAUGGUUUCAAUACUCCAUUGAAAAUAAAUAUUCUAGGCUUGUCUUUGUUAUUACAUCAUUUUUGAAUGGUAAAAAUGUUGAGGACGACUAUUUAAGGGAUUUUCAUUUAGAACAAAAUUUGAAUGAAAUAUAUGAAAUUUGCAAAUAUGAUCUUUUUUCAUUUAAAAAUUCAGAUGAUAAGUAUCUAUUUGAUUUGUUCAGCAAGCUCAAACAAUUCGUUAACAGUUUAAAUUCAUACCCUAUUGGUAUUUAUGAAUUCAAGUCUUUUAUUGAUUUUUCAUCAAUUAACAAGAAAUACAUACUUUAUUUAAUAUUUUGGGUCGCAAUUAAGUUUUUUGAAAAUGCUAAAGUUAUUGAAAAUGAUCUAAAGUUCAAUCAAAUGGUCUACAGUUAUUUGAAUUUAGCAUAUAAUAUUGAUCAUGCCAUUUGGGACUUAAUAGUGUCAGAUUACAUACUUUCACUAAGAAAAAAGGGAAUUAUUGAAAUCAAUUCGAUUCCUAUUGAAUUGAAUGAUGAAAUCGAAACACUUUUUUUUUUAUUGGUAGGCCCAUAUAGUAUUUGCCCGGCUUUAUGCAGCUUACUGUUAUUAUUAAAAUCAGAAAUAGUCAGAAGUAGAUUUGAUUCUAUUAAUUACAAUGCUUUCGUUAAAUCUAUUAUUAAUCAAAUUAUUCUAUUGAUCACAAAUACUUUAAAGGAGAUUAGCCCAGAUAUGGCGGAGCUUUCUUUUACAAUAACUGUUUGCAGAAUGAUUUCAAAUAUUUCCUACGAUUUAAAUAAUGAGUUAAUUCAACAGUUAUUUUUACUAAAACAUCGUCAAAAAACAAUUACAGCAAACCCAAAAAGUAUAAAUCCAUUAUUUCUUGAUAGAUUUAUUUUGUAUAGUUUUAUUUCAAUAGAACAAUUAUGGCUGGAAAUUACCAAGGAUGAACAGUUUUUUUCAUCAAUUAUAAACCACAUUCCUACAUUAGAAAUUUCAACUUCAACUUUGUCACUUAUGAAUCCAGAAAAAGAGUUUGUUAAGUAUACAAUAAUUUUGAUUAUUCUUUUUUCAAUGAAUAAUCAAUUGUCUAUUACUGGUAGUGUGAAUAGAAAUACUGUCGAGAUAAUGAAAAAGUUAGUAGUAAUUUCCGAUGAACCUAUUGAAAUAAUUUUAAAGUACUUUCUAUUUCCAAACUAUACUGGAACUUCAAAAUCUGAAUCAAAUAUAUAUAUAUUUUUCAGACUAUUAUCAGAUAAUAUUUACAAUAUAUCAGUUUCAUCGAACGUAGUUAAAAGUAUUUCUAACUUAAUUCAAAUAAACUAUUUUUCAUUAUCAGAUACAUUUCUUUACAAUUAUUUGGAAUCUUUCCCUAAACUUGUUAAAUUUUGUAGUAUAAAUGAAGAAACUAAUAGACCUAAUAAUGAGGAAAAAGUAAAUCUCCUGAACUGUAUAAACUCCAGAGGAUGCAUAUUAAUAGAUGAAAUGUAUUGGUGCAAUUCUAAUCUGAUACAAUUAUUGUUAAAUGAAAUCGAUAUAAAACUUGAACACAUUUUGCCAUUUAUUUAUUCCAUAUCUUUAAGUAUUACCAGUAUACAAUCUGUCAUAAAUAAUCGGAUUUCAGAAAAGUAUGGUUAUUCAAGUAAAAUUAAGGAAGUUUUUUCAAUCCAAAAGAAUUUUAAAAUUAGCAAAUUAAAUCGUUCAAAUAUUAAUAAAUCUUCAAACUUCUUAUUUAAAACUAAAAACAUUGACAUAAUAAUAAUAUCUAUAUUAGACUACAUAUCUGAUUGGAUUAAAAAAAAUGACAAAUGCAUUUCUUUUGAAUGGUUAUUGAAACACUCAAAACCAUUCUCACAAACUAAUUUAGAUGACGAAAACAUACAAGGAUAUUUCUCAAUAUUUCUCAUUUAUUUUUUUUCAAGAACAAUUGAGGCCGAUAAAUUAGAUAGAAAGCUAAUUACGACAAAUUUUCAUAUCGUACCUUGGAGGAGUAUAUUAAGAUGGGUAGACUCAUGGGAGAAAUUACCCUUUCAGAGCGUCUUAAACCCUAGAACUUGGAAAGUUAUAUUCUCCGAGAUUAUCGCAAUAAUGAUCCCGGAAUCAUUAAUAAUACCUUCAAUUCCUAAUAGUUUUACUGAAAUUCAACCUUGGUAUUUUUCUUUGAAUAAUGUAAAUCUUUUUAAAGAAAGAAUAAACUUAUGGUUAAAGGAUCGCAAGAGCUCCUUAGAAUCUUUAAAAAAUGAAGUAUCUUUAUUUGAUAAUGCUGAAUCUACACUGAAAUGGCUAGAAAUGUUUUAUUUUGAACCAAAUAUGGCAGUAUACUUCACACUAGAAUAUAUUUUUAUUCAAGAGUCAGUCUACGUUAAAGAAUGCCAUUUUCAAGAGUUAUAUUUUGAAUUAUGUUCAAAUGAAAUAAAACUUAAAGAAUUUACUUCAAAUCCAGAUAUAUAUAUUAAAAAAGCCAGCAAUUAUCUUUCUGAAGAAAAUUCAAUUGAAAUACUGUGCAACAUUUCGCUCAUAAUGCUUUAUUUUCAUGAAGUAAUUAAACAUAAAAACCCAAUUAUUAAUCAUUUUCAAAACGCAGAUUUUGAAAUAUUUUGUAUUAUUUGGAACAAAUAUGCAAACUAUAGUCAAAUCGAAAAUCAAUUAACAAGUAAACUGUUAUCUAUGUUUUUUUCAAAUAUCUUUUGUAGAAAUACGAAUAUUGUACAACAAAUUGUAGAGCAAGGAUUUCAAUACAAAAGUCUUAACAAUCGUGUGGAUUUCAAUGUUUAUCUCGAAAGGACACGUUCAUUUAUUGAUAGAGUUUGUUAUAAUACUCCACAGAUACUCUGCGAACAUACCAUUCUACCUAAAAUAGCAAAUAAGUUGGACAAAUUACUGAAUACCAGAUCGCUAAUUGAUUUGUGGGGAAAAUAUAACGUUACAGAUACUAAAAUGUUCAGUUUUGAUUUUCAAAUAGAAAACCAAAUAAUUCAGUGCGUUUCAUUAUUAUCAUGGCUUUCUAAUAUCAUAAUUUCCCCAUCUAAAUCAACAAAUUAUUUAUCAGAAAACUCUUCUAGCGAAAAGACAGCAUUCCUGCCCGUUGCAGAAAGGUCGGUUGUUAGAGUUCUUUGUAUAACACAAGAUAUAAUAAAUUCCCAGCUAGGUAGUCAUAUUUAUUGCAAUUUGAUAAUUAAUUUCAGUAUUUUACUGAAGCAUUCCGCCCACUUCAUCAUUUCAGUGGCCAAUUCAUUUCCUCAGCUAAAUAAAGCACUAAAGGAUACCUUGGCAGCAUUAAAGCAACUGAUGAAUGACCACUCAUUAUCAAAUUCCUCAAUUAACCACACUAUUAACACAAUUGAUGAGAUAAUUAAACAAAGGUAA